UUCAGGCGCUCAACGAUUUGAUUGGUGGAACGUUUCUGAGGUCAGAGUUUAACUUCCGUGUCACACGGCUAACAUGGCGGAUAAAGAAAAGAAGAAAAAGGAGAGCAUCUUCGACUUGUCAAAAUACAUCGACAAGCCGAUUCGUGUGAAGUUUCAAGGAGGACGAGAGGCCAGCGGUGUCCUGAAGGGUUUCGAUCCUCUCUUGAACCUGGUGCUGGACGGCACAAUCGAGUAUAUGCGAGAUCCAGAUGACCAACUGAAGCUGACAGAAGACACCCGGCAGCUGGGGCUGGUGGUCUGCAGAGGAACCUCCGUAGUGCUCAUCUGUCCUCAGGACGGCAUGGAGGCUAUACCAAACCCGUUCAUACAGCAGCAGGAUGGCUAACGCUGUCGUCACACAAACACACAAUUACAACCAUGCACACACACUUUUGUGGGUUUUUUUUUUGUUGUUUUAUUUUUAAAACAUAACAGUAAUAAUGUGUAUGACAAAACAAAUUUCUGUUGUUGAAAAUCAUAAGUUGAUCAGCAAAAGGACACUUGAAAGCACUUCACUUUUGUUUCUGUCUGUGAUGUGCAAGUUUGCAAAGAUUUGAGUUGUCAAGAGCCCACAAGUUUGGGAAAUGUUAACAGUACCAUUUUCUUUUUAUCCAGAAUUAGUCAACUUUUUACUAUUCUUUGUUGUUUUUGAUAAGAAAAUAAAAUGAAAAUGUAUAUAGA